GCGAGCCUCCCGGACGGCUGCAAAGUCUCAGUCCAGAGAGUCGCCGUGUUCGCCUUUGUGCGCGGUUGGUCGGCUCUGCUGUCUUUGCCUAGAUCUUUCCGUCUCUCCUUUAGCUCCGAGGCUCCUCCGGUUUGCUAACUGCAUCUCCUGGCUCUUUUCCUUUCUCCUUCCUUUGAAAGUCAGCAUGCAGAAAACAGACGCCUCUUCACUUGAUUUCCUGCCUCGCUUCCAACAUUUCGCCACGCAGGCCAUCCAUGCCGGCCAGGAACCGGAGCAGUGGACCUCCCACGCUGUGGUGCCCCCCAUCUCCCUAUCCACCACGUUCAAACAAGGGGCACCCGGCCGGCACUUGGGUUUUGAAUACAGCCGUUCUGGAAACCCAACUAGGAAUUGCUUGGAGAAAGCAGUUGCGGCUCUAGAUGGGGCUAAGUACAGCUUGGCCUUUGCUUCGGGCUUAGCAGCCACUGUGACUAUUACUCAUCUUUUAAAAUCAGGAGACGAAAUUAUUUGUAUGGAUGAUGUGUAUGGAGGUACAAAUAGAUACUUCAGGCAGGUGGCAGCUGAACUUGGAUUAAAGAUUUCUUUUGUUGAUUGUUCCAAAACCAAAUUGCUAGAGGCAGCAAUUACCCCAGAAACCAAGCUUGUUUGGAUUGAAACACCUACAAAUCCCAUCCUGAAGAUUACUGACAUUGAAGCUUGUGCACAGGUUGUCCAUAAGCAUGGAGACAUUAUUUUGGUCGUGGACAACACUUUUAUGUCAGCAUAUUUCCAGCGGCCAUUGGCUCUGGGAGCUGAUAUCUGUAUGUAUUCUGCAACAAAGUACAUGAAUGGCCACAGUGAUGUCGUAAUGGGUUUAGUGUCUGUUAAUUCUGAAAACCUCCAUAACAGGCUUCGGUUCUUGCAAAAUGCUCUUGGAGGAGUUCCAUCGCCUUUUGACUGUUACCUCUGCAACCGGGGUCUGAAGACGCUGCAAGUCCGAAUGGAGAAACAUUUCAAAAAUGGAAUGGCAGUAGCGAAGUUCCUGGAAUCAAAUCCUCUGGUGGAAAAGGUUAUUUAUCCUGGACUGCCCUCUCAUCCGCAGCAUGAGUUGGUAAAACGUCAGUGCACAGGUUGCCCAGGGAUGAUCACCUUUUAUAUUAAGGGUACUCUUCAACACGCUGAGACUUUCUUCAAGAACCUAAAGUUUUUUGCUCUGGCUGAGAGCCUAGGAGGAUAUGAAAGUCUUGCUGAACUUCCGGCAAUCAUGACCCACGCAUCAGUGCCCAAGAAUGACAGGGAAAUCCUGGGGAUCAGUGACACGCUCAUUCGACUGUCUGUGGGCUUAGAGGAUGAAGAAGAUCUACUGGAAGACUUAGACCAAGCUUUGAAGGCAGCACACCCUUCCAGUGGAAGUCACAACUAGAAUCCCAGAACAGCUGUUAGAAGCUGCCUCCUGAGAAGGUCAAGCCUUCCUGAAUGGACCACUUAGGAGCCUUUACAGAAUUUUCAAGUGAAAAUUUUAAGGCAUCCCAUCACCUUUUACAUUUGUAAUCUUCUAUGAAUCCUCCCUGUUAAAAACAGUUUUUUUGCCUGUUUGUAACUGACAGGUCAGUCCUGUUAAUACCUUUUUGUUGAUUUUGCUGUCUAUUUGCCUCUGAAGGAGGUAAAAUUCUUUUUGCUUUUUGGGAUUGUACUCUGUUUUUCAUAGUCUAAGAUUUAUUAUGAUCAUGUUUACAAUGUAAUGAUGAUUCAUUUUAAUGUUUUCUGGAGUAUUUAAAUUAUUAAACGAAUGUUCUUAAAUAAA